UAAAUACCCCACUUCCUCUCUUUCCUUUCACAGACACUAGAAACCACUUCUUCUUCUACUUGUUAAAAUCUUUUUAACCUUCACAAUGGGGUCUUAUUACCACUUAGCCAUUCUCUUUCUUUUAUGCUGUUCCAUUACCGUAGCUCACACUGCUGCUAGAAAGCUCACGGCUCUCGUUGAACAACAGCCGUUGAUUCUCAAGUAUCACAACGGUGCUCUUCUGAAGGGCAACAUCACCGUUAAUUUGAUCUGGUACGGCCAGUUCACUCCAAUCCAGCGGUCCAUAAUCGUCGAUUUCAUCCAAUCCCUCAACUCUCAUCGGGCCUCACUUCCCUCAGUGUCCACGUGGUGGAAAACCACUGACAAGUACAAGGGGGGUUCUUCUGCGCUCGUCGUAGGGAAGCAAAUCCUCCACGAAGCUUAUACCUUGGGCAAGUCACUCAAAACAAGGCACUUGUUGGCUUUGUCUAACAAAGUUAACGGACUGAACUCGAUUAAUGUUGUUUUGACGGCUAAGGAUGUCGCCGUCGAUGGGUUUUGUAUGAGCAGGUGUGGGACCCACGGGUCGACUCGGGUGAGUCAAGGGAAGAGGGUGACUCGUUCUGCUUACGUCUGGGUUGGUAACUCGGAGACUCAGUGUCCGGGUCAAUGUGCUUGGCCCUUUCACCAGCCCAUUUACGGCCCACAAACCCCGCCGUUAGUUUCGCCUAACGGAGACGUCGGAGUCGACGGAAUGAUCAUCAACUUGGCUACCGUUUUGGCUGGCACCGUCACAAAUCCGUUUAAUAACGGGUAUUUCCAGGGCCCGGCAACGGCGCCGUUAGAGGCUGUUUCGGCUUGCACUGGGAUAUUUGGGUCGGGUGCGUACCCGGGUGAUCCGGGUCGGGUGUUGGUGGAAAAGACAAACGGGGCGAGUUACAAUGCGAACGGGGUGAAUGGGAGGAAGUACUUGCUGCCAGCUAUGUGGGACCCGCAAACCUCGGCGUGUAAGACGCUCGUGUAAAAUACUAGGAACAAAGGUCGUGUGGCGAUGACGUGGCAGCAUACGUGGUGAAGAUAUGUGUACGUAUUAUGUAGAUAUGGAUGGAUGGAAAUGGCAGAGAGUUUGGGGGUGGGUCUGUGACUGUGUUGUUCUGUUAUGAUGAUGAUGAUGAUGGGGAUGACGAUGAUGGGGUUAUGGGGACUAUAUGGUUUGGAUGAUAUUUUGUAUACACUUGUUUGUCGUCUUGCGUGACUUUGUAAAUUAUAUUUCAAAAGAAAGUUGCCCAAAAAAAAAGUUAUGGAGAAUGGGAAUAUAUAAUAAA